CUAAAGUAUAAAUAUUAUUAAAUAACAGGGGUAAAAUGAUCAUUCUCAAGAAAUGGUGGCUCCAAGUAGUAAGGGGGGGUGGCUGGAAAAAUCCUCCCCCUUCCCGAAAUACCAAUCGGCAAUCACUCACUCUUUCUUGUUUUUGUUUUAAAUUUUUCAGUAUCUCACAGAGUAAAAAAAAGAGGAGAAGAAGAAAAAGUCGCCGGAGACGGCCAUGAAAAAGAAAGAAGCCUUAGGAUGGAUGGAGUGGUUGAGGGGAUGGAUGUACCUCAUUCACGAGAUGCUCUUCCAGAGGAUCAUGGCCAGCCACCUAUCUAAUCCCAUGCCGCUUCCUCCUCUCAACGAUCAGACCUUCAUCGUCACCGGCUCCACCAGCGGCAUUGGCCGCGAAAUUGCUCGUCAAUUGGCGGAAGCCGGCGGUCAUGUGGUAAUGGCGGUGAGGAACACCAAGGCCGCUCUUGAUUUGAUUCGCAAAUGGCAAGACGAUUGGUCCGGCCGUGGCCUCCCGUUGAAUAUUGAGGCGAUGGAGCUGGAUCUUUUGUCGCUGGAUUCAGUUGUAAGAUUUGCGGAAGCAUAUAAUGCACGUUUGGGACCUGUACAUGCCCUCAUUAACAAUGCUGGCAUUUUUCAGAUUGGAGAACCUCAAAAAUUUUCGAAGGAUGGAUAUGAACAACACUUACAAGUGAAUCAUCUUGGUCCUGCGUUAUUGUCUCUAAUGCUUUUGCCAUCCCUCAUUAGAGGAUCCCCAAGCCGAAUUGUUAAUGUGAAUUCAAUAAUGCAUUAUGUUGGAUUUGUUGAUCCAGAUGAUAUGAAUGUUACAUCUGGAAAAAAGAAGUACUCAAGUUUUGUUGGAUAUACAGGAAGCAAAUUGGCAGAGGUUAUGUUCAGUAGUGUUCUUCAUAAACGGUUGCCUGCUGAAUCUGGGAUAAGUGUGCUAUGUGUAUCACCUGGAAUAGUCCAAACUAAUGUGGCCCGGGAUCUACCGAAAAUUGUACAAACUGGCUACCGUCUGAUUCCUUAUUUCAUAUUCAGCCCUGAAGAAGGUUCUAGAAGUGCCCUUUUUGCCGCUACAGAUCCACAAGUUCCAGAGUACACCGAGAUGUUGAAAGCAGAUCAGUGGCCAGUCUGUGCAUUUAUAUCUCAAGAUUGCCGUCCAACAAAUCCUUCUGAAGAAGCACAUAACACGGAAACUGCUCACAAAGUUUGGGAGAAGACAUUGGAACUAAUCGGCCUUCCUGCCGAUGUCGUAGAAAGGCUUUUAGGGGGUGAAGAAGUUGAAUGCAAAUAUGGGGCACACACCUCCUAAUUUGGUUGCGGUAUUUAAUUCCACUGCAGGCUGGAUAGGCGCUAAGUCGUAUCUGAGACAGCGGUUGUAUGUUUGGCAUCUUCUUAAACAGUAUUCCACUGUAACUUACUUUCGACCAUUCGGAGAAUGGACCUGCAAUUGGAAGUGCUGGAUCUCCUCCCUCAUUGUAUUUUUCCGGGUGGUCUGCUAAUGACCCUCUAACUGGUGGUGCUUAAAUGCUUUACAGUUUAAUUCAGAAUCUUGACAGCAGCUUAGGCAAUGGUGAAACAGUUGUAGUAGACACUUUUAUAAUAGGGUGCUGGUGCAUUUUAGUUUAUUUGUUUUUCCCUUUUUUGGGGGUUUGAUUCAGUACAUUGAACAACUGUAGUCUCUUUCUUGUCCUUUUUUUUUUUUUUUUUUUUUCUCAAUUUCGUAUAACUGACAUUCGAUUGCGUAUUGACAAUCACAGGAUUGUCUGGCGAAAAUUCGCACUAGGGUUAACACCGUAGAGUGAGGGGAUAACUCCCCGUCAGUUAUAUUUAUGGUCUCACUAAGAUCAAUGGUAUCACAACUCCAGUUGGUUUUGGAAUUCCAAUACCCAAUCCAUGUGAUGAAAGAUGAAGAGUUUUACCAUUCAAGAUUCAACUACAACCAAAACUUGUGCAGUAUACAGUAUAGAUUGUGGAAAAAUAAUCAUUUCCGUUCGCUGUUGGUGUGUCAUUGAGAAACUGGGAAGAAGCCCAAUAUUGGGG